AUGCUCCUCUUCACCGCCUGCCACCCUUCCCUCCUGAAGCAUCAUAGCCUAGUCCACUUUUGUGUUCAGACGGCUCUAUUCUCCCCCCUUCCCCUAACUUCCACUCGAUUUUCCCGCUUUCCUCACCUUUGCCCCACUCUCUCGUCUGCUCGACUUCCUGCCAUCGCAAGAGGCGCACCCCACUGGUUAAUUUGUGAGCAUUCUGUUCUUGCGAUCCCCAGUUUGCGUAGGCCCAAUCUUUUGCAAGUCGUCCAAGCAUGCUUGUACAUGCGAAUAGAUGAUGAUAUUGAUGGCGUCUUCGGCGACAACCAAAAGGACGACUGUGAACUCGAGAAGAGAACACAUUUCAUGCAGUGUUAA